AUGACAUCGAAUGAUUGGUACAAUAAACCGCUAAAUUUGGAUGAUAUAAUUGCUGGUGGAACGCUAACUUUGUUAGCAAUAAUUUUCUUAUCAAUCUAUAUUGUUGUCGCAUUUGCUUUAUAUCGUGAAUCUCAUUCAACUACGGGUUUCCUAUAUUUGCUUAGCUCAUCAAUUAACAAUAUGUUUUUAUUAAUAAAUCAUGCGUUUAAUCCGGGCAUACUUAUCCUAUUGAAAAAACAAACUCCAAUAUAUGGAAGACGACUUUUUCAAACGUACAGUGAUUCGAUGUGGUUUUCAAUGUGUUAUCAUAUACUGUUGUUGUCAUGGACACGUUAUGCAGCUAUUAGCCGUCCAUGUCAAUUUAGGAAACAGCAAAAUUUCACCGUUUAUAUGUUAUGUUUUAUGUGUUAUGUAAUUGCUUUAAUACAGUCGAUAGUAUUAAAUCUUCAACCGUGGUACGUAACAUUUUACUAUGAGGCAAGUGUUUAUGGCAUGGUGGCGGAAAAUAUAGAGUUGUAUUUGAAAGGCGGCAAAUCACAAAUUUUCUUCAUUUUUCACUUGCUAAUAUUUAUUGCAACAUUUUCCUUAUAUGGUUGUGCAUUUUUUUUGCUAUUUAAAUAUAAUCAUAAAUUUCGAAAAAACUUUAACAAUAGAAUUACACCAAAUGCAAUACAACCAAAUGCAAUACGAAGUUGGAAUGUAUUUGCAGCUAAUAACGUUCAUAUGUGUUCCGAAACGAAGUUAAUUUUGCCAUGCAUCUGUAACGCUAUAAUAUUUGUCAUGGGGCAGGUGGUGAUAACGGUUGGAAUUAAUGGAGGUCGUUGGACUACAUGGCUUACUUCAGUGCUUUUUACUUUGACCGAUGCUGUUGAUUCAAUUACAUUACUAACAUUCAGCGGUUUAGUCAGAAAAAGUACACUAAUAAUAUUACGCGAUUUAUUUUACUGUUGCAAUAAAGAGACUAAAGUUGUUGUAAUUAAGAAAACGACAAAACCGAGUGCAUCAUCAAAAGAAGGAAUAUGA